AUGUUAAUAGGAGAGACCGAAGCAGUCCAAAAGGAGACCGAGUGUUUGAUAAAAAAGGCUUUAUAUCUCACCCUGAAUGAAGAAGGUAGAUCUAAAAAACUAAAGUUUGAAGAACUUCUUAAGGGAGUUAAUAUUAUAGAUUUUGAACCUGACAACAAGUAUAUGCAGGAUGAUCUUAUUGAUAUUGAACUGAUGUUUGAACCUCAACAAGAACAAGAAGAAAACAAAGAUGAAGAGAAAGCAGAAGGGAAGAGCUCAACUAUGCAACUAGUUAAUACACCGUCUAUAGAUACUCAGACUGCAUCGAUAACUAAAAAAGUAAGUGUAAAUAUUGAUGAAAGUCAAAAGGAAAAGAUAGAUGAUAAGAAGGAUGAAGAAGCACCACUUAAUUUUCAACCCAUUGACAAUCAACCACCAUCGGUCAAAGAAAGUAUUAAUGAAAAGAAGGAUGAGGCAGCAUCGGUGAAUGAACAAAAUGUGGACAAUCAACCACCACCGGUAAAGGACACCACUGAAAAAGAUAAGAUAGAGAAGGAGAAAACAAAGAAAGUAAAGGUAGAGAAAAAGGAGACAGAGGAGAAGAGAACAAGAGAAAAGAAGACUACACCUAAGAUCACUCCUGAGUCCAAGAAAAAAAUAAUUGAUGAUGAUGAUGAUGUCUCGGUUAGUAUUAAAGGCCCUAUUGACAUGGACAACUUAAGUUCCUCUCAAUUAAUGGAGAUUGCACGUGCAAUGAAAUCUAGAGCCCAAAAUAAAAGAAUGAAGGAACAACGGAGAAAGAUAGAAAUAAUCAGAACAAUAGUUGAUAUCUUGUCUAGUCUCCUACCCAAGACUGAUACUAAAUAUUUUAUUACUCCCAUGGACAAACUUGGACAGUUAAUUACCGAUGCUAGAGAUCAACUUAAAACUUUUGAAGAAGUAGCAUAUAUACGAGUUGAAAAGUGCUACAAGAAGAAAAGGGCAAAACAACUGAUGUUUGUGUAG